CUUUCAGUUUCAUGAUUGGAUAUCUGAUUCUGUCAUUCAAUAUGGAUAAAGCCAAAAAAGUCCAUCAGGGGGAGCUGGGUGGAGCUUCAGGAAUCUCAUCAAAUACCACAUUCUGAUUGGAAGCUGCUAGUUGAAAAGGGGAGGAGUAAUUGGAAAGGUCAAUGUGAGCUCCUGAAGAUCCACAGAGACCCCAAAGCCCUAGAGACUUCUUCCACGUUUGGUAAGUCAGCCACCUCCAUAGGGACCGUCCCAUCUCAUCUACAGUCACGCAGCCUGAGGUAGGAGAUCUCUAGAUGAAACAAAGAAGUACCCAGUCAUUUUUUCUUUAAAUGUAGUCUUGUCUUCAUUGCAAAAAUUCUGAUUCAUGAUUUGCUUUACCUCACUUCAAACUUCUUUUAUUUUAUUUAUAUUUGAGAAUACUAUGUGGGUAGGAAUGGGGAAAGAAGACUCUUCCUCUAGCCUGGACUCAAACUCCUGGCCUCUAAGAGUCCUGCCUGAGCUUCCCAAAGUAUUCAUUUUGGCAUAUGUCACGGUGCUCAGCCAAGAUAUCCUUCUAGUAAUCCCCAGCCCGAAUGUGUGAACUGGGAUCCCAUGGUUCUAGGGAUUAGGAAUUUCUUCUCCAAAAGGGUGGAUGCUAGCUGCCAGCCUGCUCAGCCACACUUCCCGUGGUUCCGGGAUUUAGUGGAGCACUGAGUGAAAAUCAGUGGGUUAGUGGCCAAGGCAUCCCCUCCUUGGUAGUUAAGAGACAGUCCUCCUGUUGGCAGAGCUACGCCUUUAUGGCCAUGCAGUACAAAGUGCAAUUGGGAGACUGUGAACUGGUCCACCUAUGUAACACCAGGAACAUCGGCCCUAGGAGAAGGUGGGGUGAUCAGGACUGGACGGCAAAGGAUGCCUUUUCUAUGGAUUUAUCUUGAGGACUUUUUUCUUGCAGAUUUUGAUCAGGAUGAGCCUCCAGGCCCCACCCAGACUCCUGCAACUUGCAGGGCAGAGCCUGCUGAGGGACGAGGCUGUGGCCAUCCGUGAUGUAAAGGAGCUUCCAAGUGACUUUUUCCCUCAACUAUUCAUGGAGGCCUUCACCAAGAGACAGAGAAAAGUCCUUACUGCCAUGGUGCAGGCCUGGCCCUUUACCUGCCUGCCUCUGGGGUCCCUGAUGCUGACCCUUGACCUGGAGACCCUAAGAGCUGUGCUGGAUGGGCUGGAUGUGCUGCUGGCCCAGAAGGUUCGCCCCAGUGGGCGGAAGCUGCAGGUGCUGGAUUUACGGGACGUUGAUGAGAACUUCUGGAGCCUCUGGAGCGUGUGGUCUGCAGCCCCUGUGAGCCCCUCACGGGCCACGAGUCUGAGGGAAACAGAGGCCGACUGUCCAUGCACAGGAAGGCAGCGGCCACUGAAGGUUGUCGUAGACUUGCGUUAUAGCAUCGAAGAUGGCAUCACACGUGAGUUUCUCAUGUAUGCCUGUGACUGGGCCCAGCAGAGGAAGGAUUUAGUACACCUGUGCUGCAAGCGGUUGGAUCUUUAUGUUUGGAAUUUUGAUAAAGUCAGGAAGUUUCUGGAAAUGGUGGACCUGAACUGUAUCGAGGACAUUGAGGUGCACAUCUACUGCCACAGGGAUAGACUAGAACAAUUUGUCCCUUACCUUAUCCAGAUGAAGAGUGUUCGUAAUAUCAUCUUCCGCAACUUCCUGGGGCGGGCUGGACAAGCUCCAGAAGCUUCAACUGAGGGGAUCACCUUCGACGGGAACCAUCCCCCUCUAGACAGCCGCUGCCACCAGCUGAUGACCUUCAACUUCUGUGGGAACCAAAUCUCCAAGGCUGCCCUAGAGAACCUGUUGCGCCACACCCUCGGGCUGGAAAGGUUAAAGUCAGUGACAUACCCUGUCCCCCACGAGUGUUAUCAUGGUGAUUUUGAGUAUAUCUACUGGGAGAGGUUUCUCCAGCUUCGGGCUUGGCUGAUGGAGAUACUGAGGGACACUCAGGCCCUAAGGAAGCCCGAGGUGAUUCUCUUCCGUACCCUGCCCUGCAGUACCUGUGGCAGCAGGGCGUCCUAUGACCUGGAGCCCAGUCCGUGCUGCUGUAGGAGGUUUGGAAGGGAACCGUGA